AUGGAUCACAAUCAUGGCGGUCCGGACGACAUGGAGAUGGCAUGCCCGAUGCAGAUGUCGUUCCAUGGUGGCAGCUGCGAAGUGAUCCUCUUCCCCAGUUGGGCUACGACCGAGGCCGGUGCAUUCGUUGGGGCGACCAUCGGGUUCUUCCUGCUCGCGUUCGCCUACGAGGGUCUCAAAUACGGCCGCGAACUGCUGCACGUCUCCGAUGCAUCGAAACGCGGCACCGCUGCCAACGAUAAGCGUACGCUCCGGCAAGCGCUGCUCAGUCGCAUCCAUCUCGUGCAGACGCUGCUGCACCUGCUACAGGUAAGCGUCUCCUACAUCCUGAUGCUGAUCGUCAUGACGUACAACUAUUGGCUGUGUCUUGCGGUGGUACUGGGUGCCAUGUGUGGCUACUACGUGUUUGGAUGGGUCCGGAACAGCUCCGUCGAUCCAACCGAGCACUGCAACUGA